AUGGUCUCAAAAAUGCAUAUCAGAAUAAUGCUUGGCCUUGUAAUAACAUUUCUGCACUUGUCGUCUCCUUCUCCUUUCACAAAAGGAGUUGGUGCCCAAAACAUUAUAAGCUGUAUUGAAACCGAGAGGCAAGCACUUCUGGCUUUCAAGCAAAGCAUUAUGGAAGACAAUGGCAUGCUGUCUUCUUGGGGAACUCAUAAAGAGUGCUGCAAAUGGUGGGGUGUUCGCUGUAACAACGCCACGGGCCACGUUAUUAGUCUCGAUCUCCAUGGCAAUUCAAGUACCCAUCACUACCUGAGUGCUCCCAAGGUUAGUUCAUCUCUGCUUAAACUCGAGCAUUUGAGUUAUCUAGACCUAAGUUACAAUGAAUUCCAAUGGAGUUCAGUCCCGGAAUUCAUUGGGUCCUUCCAAAGAUUAAGAGUUUUGAAUCUCCAUAAUGCCAACUUUGCUGGUGCUAUUCCUCCCCAUCUUGGGAACCUCACAAAUCUAAGAGUUCUCUCAUUAUCUUAUAAUGGACUAAAUGAAACCAUUGGUGAGCUUCUUGAGAAGUUGGCAAGGGGUGCAGCUGGGAAGUCAUUACAGGUUUUGGGGUUGUCUGGGAAUGAACUAACUGGCACACUCCCUGCAAAUAUGAGCACUAGAUUUGAAUCCUUGAGAGAAUUGCAUGCAAGGCAAAACCUGGUGACUGGGUAUUUGCCACCUCUAUUGCCUUCAAGCCUUGAGCAAUUAGAUUUAGCCAUUAACAAUUUUGGUAGUGUGUUUCAAGACCACACCAAAGGUUUUGGAAAAGCAAGUAAUCUUGUGAAACUAGAUUUAUCCUUCAAUCUGAUCACAGGGCCAUUUCCAGAUUUAUCAGAUUUUUUGUCAUUGAGAGUGUUGAAUCUGAGUGGGAAUCUAAUACAAGGGGGGUUAUCAGAGACCAUAGGGAAGCUAUCAAAGCUUCAAGUAUUGAAUUUAAGGUCCAACUUUUUGGGAGGAGUUAUUAGUGAAGCCCACUUUAGGAACCUUACCAGCAUCCAAAAGAUGGAUUUAUCUCUAAACCCAGGAUUGUCAUUCAACUUCAGUGAUGAUUGGGUUCCUCCUUUUCAUACCUUAAACUCUAUGGUGAUAGGAAAUUGUAAAGUUGGGCCUAAAUUCCCAAAUUGGCUGAGAAAUCAAAGUUGGUUUUCAGAGCUUGAUCUCUCCUCUGCUAAUAUUUCUGAUACAAUACCCAAUUGGUUUUGGGACCUCAUCAUCUCCCCCAAACUUAGAUACUUGAAUUUAUCUCACAACAACAUUGAUGGGAAAUUGCCUGAUUUAUCCAACAAGCUUUCUCCUUUUUCACUCAUAGAUCUUAGCUACAACAAAUUUUGGGGUCCCAUAUCCACAUUCGUUGGAGAUUUUUUAAUACUUAAUCUCUCGAAUAAUAACUUUGUUGGGUCAAUUUCUUUCUUGUGCUCAAUUAUUACCCAGAAUACUUUAUGUAUUGACCUUUCGUAUAAUCAUUUCUCUGGUAAGGUUCCUGAUUGUUGGAAUAGCAACAUUUCAAAUCUGGCCAUUAUUAAUUUGGCGAAUAAUGAUUUCUUUGGAGAAGUUCCGCACUCUUUAGGCUCCCUGCCUCAGCUUCAAUCAUUGCAUUUGCGUAACAACUACUUCAAUGGGGAAUUGCCUUCCUCAUUUCAAAAUUGUACAUCCUUGAGAAUUAUGGAUCUCGGAGGAAAUAAGUUUACUGGUACAAUCCCAUCAUGGAUAGGAAGCCAUCUAACUAAUUUGACCAUUAUUAGCCUGCGCAAUAACAACUUUAAUGGAAGCAUGCCUAAAAGUUUGUGUCACCUUAGGAAUGUCCACCUCUUGGAUCUCUCUCAAAACAAGGUGACAGGGAGAAUCCCGCGCUGCUUUAACAAUUUUACUACUCUGAUUCAGAGUACUCCCAUUGGAAGCAUUGAAAUCUCCUACUUUACUAUCACGGGAGAUAAUGAUUAUCCUCGCUUCUACAUGGACAAUGUUUUUGUUCAAUGGAAAAACAAGGACUCAAAGUACGACAAGCAAUUAGGAUUCUUGUAUUGCAUUGAUCUUUCAAGCAAUCAAUUGAUUGGAGAUAUCCCAAAAGAACUUUAUGCUCUCAGGGAAUUACUCUCCCUGAACCUUUCAAGAAACCAUUUGACUGGUAAAAUAUUUCCAUCAAUUUAUGAGAUGGAAAAGUUAGAAUCCCUUGAUCUAUCCAGGAAUCAACUCUCAGGUGAAAUUCCAACUGGUCUUGCGCUAUUGAAUUUUCUUGGGGUUCUUGACCUAUCAAACAACUUCUUGUCCGGUAAAAUUCCCAAGGGCACUCAACUACAAACUUUCAAUGCUUCAUCCUAUGCUGAAAAUAGCGGCUUAUGUGGGGACCCACUUCCCAAGUGUUCCACAGAUGUUCCUCAACAUGGCAAAAAUAAUGACUAUCAAGAAGGAGAUGAGAGUCUUGUAGAUCGGGAAUUUUACAUAUCUGUGGUGAUUGGGUUCUCUGUCAGCUUUUGGGGACUUGUGGUCUCAUUGGUGCUCAGUGAUAAAUGGAGAUUAGUUUAUUAUGGGUUCCUCAAUGAUGUCAAAGAUGGGAUGUACGUGAAAAUGAAAAUUUAUUUAAUGAGAGCACACCGAAGAGUUAUGGACAAAUGCUGA